AUGGCUUCAGCCUGGUGGUUUGAAGAACUAUCCAGCAAGCUGAAAACCAUCGGUUUUAAACCGUUCCAUACAGAUCUCUGCAUAUUCAAGGACGAGAAACUUGGCAUCCUCUUGAUCAUAUAUGUUGAUGACAUUCUGAUCGCAGCCAAGGCUAAAGCUGAUGGCGAUCUGGUCGUCUACCAACUUGAAGCAUUCUUUGACCUCAAGAAUCUCGGCGAGGUAUCAGAAUUCCUCGGCUAUCGUGUCAUACGCAAUCUCAACCACAACCAGAUCUUCCUGUGCCAAGAAAAGUACUGCAAGAAGAUUCUCUUGAAAUAUGCUGAUCCUGACGUCAAGCCUGUCACUACUCCUUGGCUCCUCAAAGCUAAGAUCCCUUCCAAGUGGGAACCUAUCCUUGAUCUCAAGAGAAAGAAAAAGUAUCUCAAAUAUACAGGUUCUCUGAACUACCUCUCAUCUGGUACUAGACCAGAUAUCACUUACACUGUCAAUAAGCUCUCUGGCUAA